AUGCCAUUUAUAGGAAUAUGUGGGGAUAUAUGUUCCGGAAAACAAACUAUUGCUAAUUAUUUAGUAGAAAAAUUAAAUUUUUCUAUUUUAAAAUUGCAAAAUUCAAGCAAUAAUAAUAUUAAACUAAACAAUUGUUCAUUAUUAGAUGCUGGCUUAAAAUGUUUGAAUAAAAAAGAAGAGAAAAUAUUUAAAAACCCGGUUCAAAUGCUCAAUUAUGUAACUAGCCAUUGGAGAGAAAGAUUUGUAACUAUAGAUAUUUUUAGUGAAGAAGUAUUAAAAAUAUUUGCUAAAAGGCCUUUUUUCUUACUUAUAAGUGUAAACUCUCCGGUAAUGCUUAGAUGGGACCGUUAUAAACAAUGUUAUAAAUAUCGAAAUUUUCAUGAAUUUAAUUUGGAAGAAUUUAUUAAAUUAUCAGAUGAUUUUUUUUUUAAUUCUAAAAAUGGGAUAGUACAUUUAUUUAAUAAAGCUCAAAUAAAAAUUAUAAAUAAUUAUAAUUCUUUAGCAGAGUUUUAUGAAGUUCUUCAACGCAUAGAUUUAGUUAAUGAAAAUUGGUUUCGUCCUUCCUGGGAUACGUAUUUUAUGCAUUUAGCAUCUUUAGCAGCACUCAGAAGCAAUUGUAUGAAAAGAAGAGUUGGCUGUGUUCUUGUUCGAAAUAAGCGUGUUAUAAGUACAGGAUAUAAUGGGACACCUAGAGGAUUUGUCAACUGCAAUCAAGGUGGAUGUAAAAGAUGUAAUAAAGGGCAAGGUAAUGGACAAGAUCUCGAUGCCUGUUUAUGUCUUCAUGCUGAGGAAAAUGCAUUGUUAGAAGCAGGAAAGGAAAGAAUAGCUAAUGAUUCUGUGCUUUAUUGCAAUACUUGCCCGUGUUUAACAUGUUCAGUUAAAAUAACACAAGUUGGAGUUCGUGAGGUGAUAUAUAAUCAUUCUUAUUCAAUGGAUAAUCAAACAUCAGAAAUACUAUCUCGCUCUGGAAUUAUUUUGCGCCAACAUGUAAUAAAUUCAAUAAUUUUUUUAAAAGACUAA